AAAAUAUAGAACAAUAUAAACACUUGUGACUAACGAAAUACAUUUAGUAUACCGGUAGAAACAACAUUCAGAACACGGCUAAAAUAGAUGAACUUAAAAUUCAAGUUAUCUACACGAAGUUCUUUUAAUAUUUUAUUAUUAACACCAGUUGUGAAAUUAACAUAAUAUAUUUGUAAUUUACGUUUAUAUUAUUCACAAUUAAUAGCAUAUAAUAACCAUAAACUUAUAGAUCUAUAAUGGCACAUCAAUGUGGUUGUGGAGCAUCGCACGAAGAAGGAGAAUUGGGAGUACAAUAUAAUUUAUAUAAAAAAAUUGAUAUAGAAAACAUAGAGGUUUUAAAUGAAUGCGAAGAAGGCAGUGGAGCUGCUGUGUUUAAACCAUGGGAAAACAGAUUGGAUAGAACCAAAUAUGUUGAAAGUGAUAUGGAUAAUGAACUUCUAUUUAAUAUUCCUUUUACAGGGAAUAUAAAAUUAAAAGGUCUUAUCAUUAUUGGGGGAGAAGAUGAUUUACAUCCAAAUAAAGUUAAAUUAUAUAAAAAUCGGCCAUAUAUGACAUUUGAUGAUGCUGCUACAGCACCUGAACAAGAGUUUGAACUAUGUGUAGAUACAUAUGGAGUUCAUGAAUAUGCUCCUAAAGUGGUGAAAUUUUCAUCUGUACAUCAUUUGAGUCUGCAUUUUACCGGCACCGAGGGAAGUGAGAAAAUAAAAAUUUAUUACAUUGGAUUAAAAGGAGAAUGGUCGCCUGGGCAUCAACAUGGCGUUACUAUUUGUACUUAUGAGUUACUUCCACAAAUGAGUGAUCAUAUGCGAGAUAAUCUUGAAGAUAUUGAUAGAGCAAUUAGCUGAUUUAAUAAUAAGCAGCUGAUACAACUACUAUUUAUCCUGUAUUAGGAAGUCAAACGAUUCUGGGAAGUAAUAAAUGUUUAUAUUUAAAUGAA